AUGGCCGCAACAGAAGAGACGCUCUCACCACCCGCCACCAGCAAUGAAGAAGACCUCCUCCGCGCAGCCUGUAGCUCACUGGAGAAGAAGCAAAAAAAGCCUCCACCCGAAAAGAGAGAGCGACGAGAGAGAGAAAAAAAAAGCCGCCCACCUGUUUUCGUUUUCGUCCUCCGUCCUUCUUCUCCUGCAGCCAGACAACCGACAUCUCUCACCCUCGCCCUCGCCCUCACUCUCUCUCACUCUCUCUCUCUCUCUUCUCCCUCGCCUCGUAAAGAAGAAGAAGAAGACGAAGAAGACGAAGAAACAGAAGACGACGCAGACACUCUUCUUCGUCUCUCCCUUUUCUUCUUUUCUCCCUCUCUUCUCUCCGUCCUUCCGUCUCUCCGUCUCCCCGUCAAGUCCCCUUCGAUUCUAUCCUUAACCACGCUCUCUUUUUCCGCUGCCAGGAUCUUCUCUGUUUUGGUUAUAUUAUUCUUUUUCUUGCUAUUAACUGGGGGGGUUUGCAUCGUCGGGGGUUCCUGUUUUUCAUUCACUGUGUUUUUACUGCUGCUGCUGGCUUCGUUUCCAUUGCUUCUUUGGCCGCUUGGUUGCUGGGAACUCGCCCAUCCAUCUACAAACAACGCACUCGGGAUUGAAGAACGAACGGCCUGCUGCCUCCGUCAGUGCUGA